AUGGCUUUGGUUUCAGCGGCUCCCUAUUUGGCGCUUCUUGGUGAAGCAGACAAUACUUUAAAGUCGUAUGCAUUAUUGUCAUUGAACGAUGUCGUGGAUAGGUUAUGGGCCGAAAUUGCAAAUAAGAUAGCUGACCUUAAACAGUUGUAUCAAGACGAGCUGUUUGAAAAGCGAGCCUUGGCGGCAUUGGUGAUUUCCAAGGUUUACUACAAUUUGGGAGAUUUCGAUGCCUCGGUGAAAUAUUCAUUAGCCGCCGGCGACGAGUUUGAUAUAGAGGAGCAAUCGCAAUAUAUGGAGACAAUUGUUAGUAAAUGUAUCAAUUUGUAUAACUCCUUGUCCCAGAAGAAGUUUGAAAACAAACUGGUGAAUAUAGACCCCAGAUUACAAGUGAUUUAUGAGAAAAUGUUGGAAAAAUGUCUAAAAGCAAACGAAGUCAAAUUGACUUUGGGAAUCGCUUUGGAGUCAUAUAGGUUGGACUUGGUUGAAUCUAUCUUGAAAGACCAAAUUGCUCAAAAUGAAGAGAAUGGAUUGAAUUUGAUAAAUUACAUUUUGGUAUGCACAAACUCUACAACAACUAAUGCCAUCUUUAGAAUCCAAGUUUUGAACUCAUUAAUAACGUUAUUGUUGUCAUUGAAAAAACACCAAGAUUUUUUCACCAUCACCAAGAUCAUAGUACAGUUGAACGACUCACAAUUGGCAAUCAUGUUGUUUGAAAAAUUGAUGGCUAAAGAGGGACAACAGUUGAUUGCAUACCAAGUUGCUUUUGAUUUGGUGCAUACCGCAACUCAGGAGCUUUUGGAUGAUGUUAUAGAGUCAUUAUCAUCAAACUCUGACGAUAAUUUAAGCACCAGCACCAGCACCAGCACCAAAAAGGUUUUAAACAUCUUGUCGGGAGUUCCAACUUGCGAUUUUGACAAUACGUUUCUUUAUAAAAACAAUAAUACCGAUAUUUCCAUAUUGAACAAGACCAAGAAUUUAUUAGAUGGCCGAAGCUCAGUUUUCCAUUCAGCAGUGACAUUUGCCAAUGCAUAUAUGCACGCUGGUACCACUGACGACUCCUUUUUCAGGAAAAACUUGGAAUGGCUAGGAAGAGCUACGAACUGGUCGAAAUUCUCGGCAACAGCAGCACUUGGUGUUAUCCACAUGGGGAAUUUAUCGCAAGGUCGUACUAUUUUAAAACCAUAUUUGCCUGGAUCAACAAGUGCCGCACAUACUAAAGGCGGUUCAUUAUUUGCUCUAGGUUUAAUAUUUGCCGGCCACGGACGAGAAGUUACUGGAUUUUUGAAAAGUUUUAUCGAUGACAAUGGCAAUGCCUCAGGAUCGAAUGAUGUUGAUGUUCAACUUCAUGGUGCCUCAUUAGGUGCUGGUGUUGCAGGAAUGGGCUCCAAAUCGGAAGAAUUGUAUGAAUCUUUGAAAGUUGUACUUUAUUCCGACUCAGCAAUCUCAUCACAAGCGGCUGCUUAUGGUAUGGGUUUGGUGAAGCUUGGGUCAGGCGAUGAAGCAGCUACUCAUGAUAUGCUCACAUAUGCAUUGGAAACCCAACAUGAGAAUAUCAUUAGGGCCUUGUCUAUAGGAAUAGCCUUGUUGCAAUAUGGUCGUGAAAGUAAAGCAAGUUAUAUCAUUGACGAUUUGAUGAGUCAAGAGUCAUCUAUUUUGAGAUACGGGGGUGCGUUUACUAUUGGUUUGGCGUUUGCAGGUACUGCAAGUGAAACGGCCAUCAAAAAGCUUUUGCAUUAUGCUGUAUCUGAUCCAAGUGAUGAUGUGAGAAGAGCAUCGGUUUUGAAUUUAGGAUUUGUUUUAAUUCGUGAUUAUACUGCAGCACCACAGUUGGUAAGUUUGCUAUCGCAAUCACAUAAUCCACAUGUAAGGUAUGGAACAGCUCUUGCCUUGGGAAUUUCGUGUGUCGGAAGAGCAUAUGCACCAGCAAUUGAAGUGAUAGAACUGUUAACAAAAGAUCCAGUGGACUUUGUUAGGCAAGGUGCAAUGAUGGCCACAGCCAUGAUUUUGAUUGAACAAAAUGAGUUUAUUUAUCCAAAAGUCAAAGAGUUUACUACACAAUAUGCUGAUACUAUUAAGAAUAAGCAUGAAGAUGCAUUGGCCAAAUUUGGUGCUACAUUGGCGCAAGGUAUAAUAGAUGCUGGUGGAAGAAAUGUAACAAUUAACGUUGAAAAUGCACUGACAAGUACUUUGAACACGAGGGCCAUUGUUGGAUUAGCGAUAUUUGUGCAAUCGUGGUAUUGGUUCCCAUUAGCGCAUUUCUUGUCGUUGUCGUUUACACCCACUUCGAUUAUUGGAGUCCGAGGCGAAGAUUUGAAAAUACCCAAGUUUGAGUUAAAUUGUCAUACAAACCCUGAGUAUUUCCAGUAUCCUCCUAAAGUUGAAGAGUCUAAAGAGAAACAGCCAGACAAGCUAGCUACUGCUGUGUUGUCGACAACAGUAAAAGCAAAAAAUAGAGCCAAGAAGAAACAAUCAAAGAAAGAUGAGGAUAAAAUGGAUAUUGAUAAGGAAAAGAAGAAGGAGGAGAAUAAGCCCAAUGAAGAAAAGAAAACUGGAGAUAAAAAGAUUGAUAAGGAUGAAAGUAAAGAUGAUAAGAAGGAAUCUUUACACCAGCAGCUGCAACAACCUGUCACUGUACGUUAUACUAAGACCCCAUAUAAAAUUGAAAACUUAUCAAGGGUAUUACCUCAGCAAGCGCCUUAUGUUUCAUUUAUCAAAGAUGAUAGGUUCAUUCCAGUUAGGAAAUACAAAGGUGCCGGAAGCAUAAUAGUCUUGCAGGAUACUAAACCUGAGGAAGAAUUCGAGUUUAUCAAAACAGUAAGACAGUUGAAUAUAACCGAAGCUUCAUUGCCUGAGCCAUUUACGUUGAGUGGAGAUGAUUUAGAAGAGUAA